CGCAUCAACGCUGCAGCAUCAUGUCGGUCAUGCUCGAGACGUCCCUCGGGGACCUUGUCAUCGACCUCGAGGUGGACCGCUGCCCGCGCACCUGCGAAAACUUCCUCAAGCUCUGCAAGAUCAAGUACUACGCGCUGAAUGCCUUCUUCAAUGUGUCAAAGGACUUUAUCGCGCAGACAGGCGACCCGACGGCUACAGGAACUGGCGGCGAGUCGCUCCAGUCUUACCUCUAUUCCCUCCACCCCGAGGGCCCCAAACCUCCGCGCUACUUCCCUCCCGAGAUCACAACAAAGCUCAAGCACACAACCAAGGGCACCGUAUCCAUGGCCGUCGCGCCGACCGACCCACCAGGAUGCGGGUCCCAGUUCUUCAUCACGCUCGCUGAUCAGAUCGACUAUCUGGAUGGCAAGCACGCCGUGUUUGGACAUGUGAUAGAGGGCUUGGACACGCUUGACAAGAUCAACGAGGCCUUCCUCGACAAGGACGGCCGGCCGUUGCAGGACAUUCGUGUGCGCCAUAUCGAGGUGCUUGAGGACCCGUUCCCCGAUCCGCCAAACCUCAUCGACACGCCGCCAUCCCCAAUCCGCCCGCCUGACCUCGGCGGCGACAUCGUCCGCAUCGGCGACGACGAGAACCCGUUCGAGGAGCUGGAUGAGGAUGCCAAGGAAGUUGAGAGGCGCCGGACGGCUGCGUCCAGCUCGGCUCUCACCCUCGAAAUGAUUGGUGAUCUCCCGUUCGCUGCCGUGCGACCGCCCGAGAACAUCCUCUUCGUGUGCAAGCUCAACCCGGUGACUCAGGACGAGGACCUCGAGCUCAUUUUCUCGCGCUUUGGCAAGAUCCUCAGCUGCGAGGUUGUGCGCGACAAGAAGACGGGCGACUCGCUCCAAUACGCGUUCAUCGAGUUUGACGAGCGCGACUCGGCAGAGCAGGCCUACUUCAAGAUGCAGAACGUCCUUGUCGACGACCGCCGUAUCUGGGUCGACUUUUCGCAGUCCGUGUCCAAGAUGCGCCUGUCGGACAUUACGGGUGGACGGGGCGGUCGCGGCGGCGGGCGUGGAGGUCGUGGCGGCGGCUUUGGUGGGCGUGGAGGUGGUCGUGGUGGCGGCUUCAGCGCGCCGCGAGACUCGGGCUACGGGUCGCGUGGCCCUCCGCCUCGUGAUGACCGCCAUGAGGACCGCCGCGAGGCGAGGCCAAGCAACGGCCACCGCGACGAGCCGAGGAAGCGGAGUCGCAGCCCGCGUCGUGAUGACCGCGACAGGCGUGACGACCGCGACAGCCGCGAUCGCCGAGAUGACCGACGAGACGACCGCCGCAGUGACAGGAGGGAGGACAGGAGAGAUGACAGGAGGUAUGACGACCGCGACAGGCGAGACCGAGACCGCGAUCGCGACCACCGCGAUCGUGACCGCGACAGGCGGCGUGACGACGACCGGAGGCGCGAUGAUGACCGAAGGCGGUACUAG